UGGCUUCAUUCAUGAGUACAACAUCUACUACGCUGCACCGUGAAAAACCGGCCGGCGUCCGCCACGGGCUUUCCGUUAAAGGACCGUACAUGGAUCUAUAAUCUCGCGGGGUUUUUUAUUUUUUUAUUUUUUUUCUUUCUUGAACAGCGGAUAAGUUUGAGAGAGCGACCAGGAUUUUACAAGCCAACUAUAUUAAAAGCAGACGGAGUUCAGCUGGAGCGAGUUUUCCCUCAUCGCGAGGAGUUGGAUUAAGUUUCUUCAUGCAACUUUUUUGGAAAGAAACCAAGACCAUCUCACUGGGAAACAACAAGAAACUUAACGGUGACACCGUGCGUUCCCUGAUUACUGCAGGUGCCGCCUUCUCCUUCAGUCCCUCCGGGGAGAUGUACCAAGGGUUUCCCGGCGACCCCGACAGCGGAUCCCGUGGAAGCUCGUCUCCGUCCAUAGAGUCCCAGUACCUAUCCUCGGUGGACUCCUUCGGGAGCCCGCCCACCACCAGUGCUCCGCAGGAGUGUGUUUCAGCGGGUGCUGGUUUGAGCAUUGUGGGCAGCAGGCCAGGAAGCGGUGUCGGAGGUGAGAUGCCAGGUUCAUUCGUGCCCACCGUCACCGCCAUAACUACCAGUCAGGACCUGCAGUGGCUGGUGCAGCCAACCCUCAUCUCCUCCCAGGCCUCCGGGCAGAGUAGCUCCACUGGCACCUCGACAAUGACCCAGCCAGUGUCGCUGGUGGACCCGUACGACAUGCCGGGCCCCAGCUACUCCUCGGGGUCCUGUUUCACCCCUCCCAGUUCAGAAACUCCAGUGCCGGCGCCGGGUCCCAUCCGGCAGUCCAGACCCCGCAGCCGCCGUGCACGAGACGAGUCUGUGAGUGAAGAUGGAGAUGUUGGUGUGUUACUAACACCUGAGGAGGAGGAGAAGAGGCGCGUUCGCCGAGAGAGAAACAAGCUUGCUGCUGCCAAAUGCAGAAACCGCAGACGGGAACUGACAGACAGGCUGCAAUCGGAAACUGACGUACUUGAGGAGGAGAAGGCAGAGCUGGAGGCCGAGAUCUCCGAACUUCAGAAGGAGAAAGAGCGUCUGGAGUUUGUACUGGUGGCCCACCAGCCAAACUGCAAGAUCCAAUACCAGGAGCAGGCUCAGCAGGCCUCAGUGCAGUCCCAGCUCGCUCCUCAGAGCCUACCACCUCCCAUCUCCAUUGUGGGCUUGACUGUGAAGGAGGACUCUUUCUAUCUCCCUCCUGCCUACUCUGCUCACCCGGCCCCCACACAGCCCCAGCCUCCGUUGCAGCAGCAGCAAGUCCAGCAGCAGCAGCAGCCUCAAGCAGGGAUGAUGCAGGAGGUAGAGUUUUCUAGUUCUUUCUACGGCUCAGCUGAGCCAGCACCUGGUGGGCCAUGCCUUAUGGCCAGCGACAGUGGUGGUGGUGGUGUUAACCAUGACGAUGCCGCCAUUGGCAGUUACAACACCUCAUACACAUCUUCAUUUGUGUUCACCUACCCAGAGGGAGCCUGCGGGGUCAGUGCCAACCAGCGGAACAGCAGUAGCGAGCAGUCAUCCGAUUCCCUGAACUCGCCUUCGCUGCUGGCGCUCUGACUGACCGACAGACACAUGCAUGCACAGAUUACCACUCACACGCCCAAUGCUCACUGGAUGCAGAGGCUGACACGAGUACACGCACAGUGCCAAUCAGUCUCCCAGAUUGAGGAAAAACAAAGUGCCAAUCAUUCGAACCUGAUUGGGUGACAGUUUACACGUCCAGAAAUAUAUUCCUGUCAAGAGCCAUAGAAAAAAAUGAAAUAAAUAAAUUGCACAUCAGAUCGAACCUUUAACAUUUGAGCUACAGCAAAGAAUACAUUCCUGUUUUGUAUUAGGUCGAAAAGUUUUAACAGGGCACAAUUAAUACCUUUCUAAGAAAAAAAAUUGCAUUACGAAAACCUGCAGAGCCUUGGAAGAUUCUCCAAAUCUCUUUAACUUUUCCACAUUUUGUCACAUUAAACCACAAACUUCAAAGCGUUUCAUUGGGACUUUAUGUGACGGUCCAGCAGAGAGUAGCCGAUACUUGCUAAUUGAAAGGAAACAGAUUUCUCGCAGAUAAAGUUCAAAGAAGGAGCGUGCAUUUGUAAGACAAUUCUUUGGUGGUGUUGGUGUCAUUUGGCUUACGUCUCCGACAGCCUUGUGCACCUGGAGACUGUAAUUGUUGUCCAUUGUUCCUUUCAAAAUAGCUCAAACUCAGAGAUAUUGGCUGUAGAGCACCAGUGAACACCAAUUUUCAGCGCCUGUCAUGGAUUUUGAACUGGACUUGGGUCUAAACUUUGACGGAUCCAUCGUAAACCAGAUGCAUGGGUUGAUUUAAACUUUUCCAUUAAAGCUUUGCUUGUUUGUUUGAAGUUAUUGAGCUGCUGGAAGGCGAACUUCCACCUCAGGCUUAAGGUGGAGAUCAGAGAUAAACCCUGUGCUGGUCUAUCUCCAGGGUUUAUUCUCCAACAUUGUUGUGUUUAUCUCCGUCCAUCUGCCAGCCAACUCUGACCGCACACUGGCUUGAGCCCCUUUACACGGCUUGUUGAAAAGUGCGAAGGGUUCUUCUUAUGGCUCUCUUUCAACAAUUCGUUAAUCUUGCAAUUUUUCUGUAAGAGCCAUGACUUGUGGGACGCACCACCGGUUGAUGUUCAGUAAACGGAUUCUCCCACCCGAGCUGUGGAUCUCUAAAGCUCCCCCAGAGAUACCACGGGCCUCUUGGCUGCUUUUGGAUAUAAAGUGACAAAGUGUGGAAAAUUCAAGGCGUGUGAAAGCCUUUUGCAAGGGACUGCUCGUUACCAGUCUAAAGUGCUCUGAUUUAAAGAACUGAUUCACAAUGAAUUUUUCUUAUUAAAAUACUCUCAUUGAGUAAAAUAGAUGUUAUUUCUGCACCCCAACACGCACCAGUGCCCCCACCUUGUUCCCUCUGUCGGUUGCCCUUCUGCUAGUGCUCUUGCUUUCAUUCUUGUCCAUUAUCUUUUUUUUUUUCUUCUUUUUUUUUCCUCGUCCACCCUGUUGUUGAAUGUAUUUGUGCAGAUCUGAAAUGAAGGACCAAGGACAAUUUGUUCGGGGUCUUUUCUUGUGAAAGACAGACAAAGCUCGCUCACUUGUAACCUUCCAUCUGCUCGGCUGCUCUGUAUGCUUCUUCAUUUGCUGCUUGGACUUGGCGAGUUGAGGAUCUGAGUAUCACAGCCUCCUCUAAAUCUUGUGCUUACAGUUUAAAAAAAUAUAAAAAAAAUCAAUCUUCCACCGUCUGCCUACCUGCCGUGCGACCCAUCUCUACCCAUCUCUGUUUUUUUUUCUCCUCUUCUGUCUCUUUUAUUUCUCCCUCUCUCUUUGAAGUCCUCGACCACUGAGAGCCCGGAGAACCCCUCCAGCCCCUGGGACCUUGAGUGAAAAAGCCGGCGCAACUAACACUCCCCACUUUUGCACCCCAGUCAUUCAAGGAUCUGGACGUCCAAACGAGAAGAACCUCUCCUUUUCGGAGCUCACUGCUCAGAUUCCGUUUUACGAUCUGAAACAGCAGCUAUACGUACAUUUAACACACACACGGAUGCAUAAAGCGCGACACGAAAUGCCACUGUCUUCUGCUGAGCCAUUUUUCAUAUUGUUUUGCACGAUGAAGAUUAGAUACAUCUGCUGUGCUGGAGAGUUAAAAGCGAAUAGGGACUGAGUGGAGGCACGGAGGACAGACACCUGCGGAGAACAUGCUGUCAUCCGCUUUGGGUGUAGAUAUGAGAAAGUAACGGGCGGGCAAAAGAAGAAAAAAAAAGGAAGAGAGGGACCAAAAAACAAGAGAAAAGCACUUCUGUGGAGAUGUGACCACAGGAAAAAAAAUAAAAAAUAAAAUGCAUCUUCACAUUACAGAAACUCAACUGAGUUUACUUUCACGGGCGCUUUCAAGUCUCUGAAAUCAGAAGUUUAGCUGCAGCAACUCAGAGAUUUAUCAGAUGUGAACCAAUGCAUUCAUACAGAGGAGGGACUUGUAUCUGUUUUAUUUAAUUUAAUUUUUUUUAAAGAAGUGUUUCAGACAACCUCUAAACGUUGGGCUCGGUGGUCUCUGCUUCCUGUCCCCCUGUUCUCCCUGUGCAGAGCUGAGGAGGCGUUUAUUGUGAGUGGGUGGUCCACUCUGAGGCACCUGGCCCGUUUAUUUCUUUCUUUAUUGAGGUUGAAACGACGAUCCGAGCACAAGGCAAGACCCGGAAAAAAGAAGAAGAAAAAAAACAACAAGAAAACAAAUGGAGAGAGAGAGAACACGGGGCUGAUGUUGUGGAGUGAGCGUCCUUUUUCUUUCGCCUGUGAAUUUGUAAUUUUUUUCCCCUCUGUAUUGUUUGAGUGAAAACUGUUAUAUAUGUCAGUGUUUGUUUAUGUGACUUAUUGUUCUUGCUUUCUCUUGUACUGUUGCCAUUUUAUUAUUAUUAUUAUUAUUAUUUUUAAAUUUCCGUUUUGUUCAAUUUAUUCGGGAGAUUUCUUCAUAACUGUUACUAUUACUGUUUUGCAUUGUAGCCAGUUUGGUUUAUUUUUGUUUUUUUAUUUUUCUUUUUUUAAUUAUAUUUUCAUUUGGCAACUUUGGAGGCAUAACGUGUGCACUACAAAGAAAAAAAUUUGAAUUAAACGUUUAUAUGCAUAUACAUUUAAACGGUAACAUGUAUAUGUAUACGUGUUAUGUACCAUGAUUGUAAUGUAUGAAUGUCUGCAUAUAUAAAUGGGAUAUUUUUGUCAAAGAAGAACAAGGUAAAAGUACAAAAAAAUAAUAUUUAAAAAAAAUACAUAUUUUUAUAAAGCAAGAAAAAAAAAGAAUUUAAAAUACUGCCCUGUCCCUGAACAUUAAGCACGAUGUCACUGCCUUUGUCAAUAUGUAUUUAUGUUUUAUAAACAAUAUAAAAGCACUAUCCGAUUUACAUUUAUUGUAUGUUUAUAACAAUGAUGUUAGAAGAUUGUGGAUUUUGUCUGUGAGGUCUGUCCCAAAGCUACUGACCCCUUCAUGCCUCCAGUGAGUGAAUGUCACUAUUUGUCACUUGGUUCAUUUUUAAAAGCUCAAAGUGUCACACACACACACACACACACACACACACACACACACAUACACACACAUGCACAAUGCAUAUCUGCCCCAAACUAUCGCCUUGCAAAUUUCCAGAAAUGUUUGUUUGAAGGAUAAUAUUUAGUAAAAUGUGUUCUCAAAAAAGCUUAAAAAUUGUAUUGUUUGCAAAAAGAAAAAGAAAAAAAAAGAAGGCUUUAUUUUGAUCUAAUAAACUUGCUUAUUGAAAAACAUCA